GAGCCAGAGGAGGAGUGCUCCGAGCCGAAGGUUGGGAAGGCGGGGCGGUAAAGUGCUACGUGUCUCCUCAGCUCCUAUACCUAGCCCCUUCCCUUGGAGCCUCUCAGCAGCCAGCUGGUCCAACGGGAGGGAGCCGCUAGCCCUCUCCUUCUUCUUCUUCUACUACUACUACUAUUAUUCCUCCUCCCCUCCUCCUCCUCCUCCUCCUCGCGCUUUCCCACCGCUAAGAGAGCCGCCGCUCCCGGGUCGCGCGAGCCACAGGCAUGUCUGAAAACAAGAAGCAGCGGAUGAAUGUCAAUAGGUCCACCAAUGUGGUAUACCAAGCACAUCAUGUUAGCAGAAGUAAGAGAGGACAAGUUGUGGGGACAAGAGGCGGAUUUCGCGGCUGUACAGUAUGGUUAACAGGUCUUUCUGGUGCUGGUAAGACCACCAUUGGAUUUGCACUUGAGGAAUACCUGGUGUCUCAUGGCAUCCCCUGCUAUUCCCUUGAUGGGGAUAACAUUCGCCAUGGUCUCAACAAAAAUCUAGGCUUCACUGCUGCCGACCGAGAAGAAAACAUCCGUCGUAUCGCUGAAGUUGCCAGGCUGUUCGCUGAUGCUGGAUUAGUUUGCAUAACUAGUUUCAUUUCUCCUUUCACAAAGGAUCGCCAGAAUGCACGAAAGAUACACGAAACGGCUGGGCUCCCUUUUUUUGAAGUAUUUGUGGAUGCACCUCUGAAUAUCUGUGAGAGCAGGGACGUCAAAGGCCUUUACAAAAAAGCACGAGCUGGAGAGAUCAAAGGGUUCACUGGAAUUGACUCAGAAUAUGAAAAACCAGAAGCACCUGAACUUGUAUUAAAAACCAACAUCGCUUCAGUGAUCGAAUGCAUCCAUCAAAUUGUGGAGCUCUUGCAACAACAGAACAUUGUUCCUUCAACUGCAAUCAAGGAUGUCCUUGAACUAUUUGUACCUGAAAAUAAAAUUGAAGAAGCUCGGGCUGAAGCCAAUACAUUGCCGUCUGUAAAGAUUACCAAACUGGAUCUACAGUGGGUUCAAAUCCUAAGUGAAGGUUGGGCCACCCCACUGAAAGGGUUUAUGCGAGAAAAGGAGUAUUUGCAAGUAAUCCAUUUUGGCACAUUGCUUGAUGGAAGGGGUAGAUUUGAUAUUUCCGGGCUUGAUGGUGUCAUUAACUUGAGCAUUCCCAUUGUACUUCCAAUAUCUUCGGAGGACAAGAAACGCCUGGAAGGUUGCAAUGCAUUUACACUGGAGUACAAUGGACGGAGGGUAGCAAUACUAAAAAAUCCAGAAUUUUUUGAGCACAGGAAGGAGGAGCGCUGCGCCCGUGUUUGGGGAACGAUAUGUGCAAAGCAUCCGCACGUAAAAAUGGUGAUGGAAAGUGGAGAUUGGUUGGUUGGUGGAGACCUUCUUGGGUUAGAGAGAAUCAAGUGGAAUGAUGGGCUGGACCAGUACCGCUUGACACCGCUGGAGCUACGACAGAAGUUUAAAGAAAUGAAUGCUGAUGCUGUGUUUGCUUUCCAGCUGCGCAAUCCUGUCCAUAAUGGACAUGCUUUACUGAUGCAGGACACCAAACGCCGUCUGCUAGAAAGGGGCUAUAAGCAUCCUGUGCUGCUGUUGCAUCCUCUUGGUGGGUGGACCAAGGAUGAUGAUGUGCCCCUUGAAUGGCGCAUGAAGCAGCAUGCUGCAGUGUUGGAGGAGCAUAUCCUAGAUCCCAAGUCAACAGUCGUUGCCAUUUUCCCUUCUCCAAUGUUGUAUGCAGGACCAACAGAGGUCCAGUGGCACUGUAGGGCAAGAAUGAUUGCUGGUGCCAACUUCUAUAUUGUGGGUCGAGAUCCAGCUGGUAUGCCCCACCCGGAGACCAAGAAAGAUCUGUAUGAACCCUCACAUGGUGGAAAGGUGCUUAGCAUGGCUCCAGGACUUACUUCUGUGGAAAUCAUUCCUUUCCGAAUUGCUGCCUAUAACAAAGUACAAAAAGCAAUGGUUUUCUAUGAUCCAGACAGGCACAAUGAAUUUGACUUCAUUUCUGGGACACGCAUGAGAAAGCUGGCUCGUGAAGGUGAAAAUCCCCCUGAUGGAUUCAUGGCACCAAAAGCAUGGAAAGUGUUGACAGAAUACUACACAUCCCUGGGGAAAAACAAUUAGCUCUAUUUUUAAUGCAGAGUGCCUUUUUAAAAAAAGAUCAGCUGAUUUUUUGUGCUGUUCUACUUCAUAUCUUUGAAAUGUCCUAUUCUCUUUGUGGGCAUUUCCUUCCUAGGCUAGACAUUGAUUCAGCAUUUUCCCUCUGAAAUUACUAGGGAAUUUCUUCUCCAUUCCAAAUAAAAGCCAUGGAAGGGAUUUUAUGAUAUACAGAAUAAUAUGGAUCACGUUUUGGAGAAUCUAAAGCCACAUUCUGAUUUGUCCUAAUCUCUGGGGAGUGGGAUGUAUGAACUGUGCAACUGGCAAACAUCAGGUUUUCCAUCUGUUCUUUGAUGCUUCUGAUUGGCUACACAGAAUAAAUAACAGGGAUACAGGGUGGCAUUUAAUUCUUCUUUUCCUUGUCUUUGAGAAAUGCCAAAUGGAAAGCAUAGCUUCUGCCUCACUCCUCCAUCACCUUUGUUUCCUUUUUUUUUUUGAUUCCAUGACUGUUUUUUUAAAAAAUAUUGUUAUGAUGAUUAUUACCAUGAGUUAUCAGCAUUUCUUUAUGAGGGAAGAAAUCUGAAAAUACCAACUAUUUUUUUCCAUAGUUCCAGGUCAUAGAAUGGUCUGCUGGCUAGUUUUUAGGCUGAAGGUUUUCAAACUUUUUCAGGGAAUUUGAAGGUUUCUGGGAUAUUUAUCAAGAUUUAACAAUAAUUACACAGUUGCCCUCAUUUUCUGCCUCAGGCAGAGGAGAAAACGAUACAUCUUCCCACAUAGUACUUAAGAUCAUAGAAGUGAUUGGGGCACAUGAGGCAGAAACCCCAGAAGCAUUUCUUCCCUCAUUUUAAUAGUUAAAACAUGAUAAUUAAGGAGAUAAUUAUCAAUUUGCAAUGCUUUCUAGAGAACCAAAUCAGGUGGUUCCUCUCUCAGUCUACAGAUAAGGCUGGCUGUGAGAGAACAGGCUUUUCUGAAAGACAGUAUACCCACCAUCUCCUUCUUGUCCCUGAAACUUGAAUCUUUAGGACUGUGCUUCACAUCACGUUUGCCAUCCAAACAGUGCACCCCAGAUGUUAGGCCCCAUUAUUAUCACACACUAACAGAAUAAACACCCCAAACAUGUCUUGGAAUCCCGUUCAGCACCAGAGUUCCAUGACAGACAAGUUAAUUUGAAAACAGUUUUCUGAGGGCAGAAAUUUUAACACAUGCUUGUUAGAUAGUCACCUAACACUAUUUUGAAACAAGCAAGAAAGGAGCCCUUCAUUAAUGAAGCCAGUCUCCCUCGGUUCCAGUUGACAAGGAAAGCAGAAAUUGAAGUGCAAUUACCUCAAAAAACAAAAACAAAACACAAACAUAUAAAUUAGUGCCAAAUAGUUCAGUUCCCCUUAAGUUUAUCUGCCUUCCACACAAUAGUAGGCUCUUCAUUUAGGAACCUUCUGCAUCGACCACCUGGACAGGUAAGCACAGGCAAGAAAAUUUCUACAGGGCAGGCAAUUCCAAGAUGAGUUCCCUAUCAGAGAGGGAUGGGGAGCUGUGCUGGACACAGUCACUCACUACCUCAAAAAGUUUCUGUUUGAUUCCUGCAUUAUCAGUCCUUUUCAACACAAUAUUAGCAUGUCAGUGUGAUACAGCAGCUAAAAUGCCAAUAAAUCCAAAUUCUGUGUUCCCGAUUCUGCAUUCAAGAGCAUGCUCAGAAAACACUUUUAAGGGACCACAACAACUUCUCUCCCUCUCAUUACGAAGAUUACUACCAAAAUUCCCUUCUAAUUACCUCAAACAUUAGUGCCAACGCAGGCUUAUCAUACUAUGCCUUGGUGACUUCUGUUUUGUGAAGGCACAACUUAUGGUCAGUUCAUUUUACUGUUGCACAUUAAUACUGCUAAACUGUUGUCAUCCAGGGGAUGAGAAUGGAAUAUGAACCAAGCAAUCCUGAGUCAUAAAUUCACUGAGUGGUCUUAGACAAGGCACUGUACUGUAUAGGGAAGCUUGUUCUAGUUUAGUUUACAGCAUUGCUGUAUUGGUUAUUGAGAUAACACACAUGAGAUGCUCUGAAUAUUCUAUGGUACUAUAUGCAUGUGAUUAUUGCUUUCUAAACUGUCUAGAUUGGAGGCCCCAUCUCUUAAUCUGAGAUGGGGCCUCCAGUUGUCUUACUUUUGAAGUCUUGUGGAGGUUUUGAAUGUUGGGCACCAUGGUUGCUACUUCUGUGAUUGAACAAGGAUGUUGAGCUUUGAUGUGCACACUAGAAAUUCAGGUCUUUUGUUUUUUGGUCUGGCCUGCAACUGUUAAUCUGUUUGUUUUUUUUUAAAAUUGAAUGGUUGAUCAUAUAUGCAUCAUGAAGGACGGCUGUACAUACAUAGGGGAGGCUGCUGUGGGGAAAGUGUCUUCCCAUUCCUUUUUAUUAUGAACUGGGAAUUUCAGCUGCUGUUCACAUUCUUAUAAAUUGGGAAUAGCAGUAUUACAUUUACUAUUGUUAUUAUUUAAGAAUUGCUAAACUGCACCUUCAUCUAAAACUUGAUUCCAAUGUGGUAUACAUAAACAUUUAAAAUCAGUGGCCAGUAUCUAACAUGGAUUCCUGCUGGUCCUAUGGUACUGGGGAGGCAGCAACUUGCAUCCCCCACUGCAGUCUAAUCCCCCCCAAAAGAGAUCUAGGUGGUUUGGAACCCCUGCAACUGUUUUUUUUUUGGGGGGGGGAGGUUCAUACAGCUAACAGUGAUAUGGGGAAGAAUGCUUUGUCAGCAUAGCAUUGGAUUUAGCCCAGAACAAUGUUAGAACAAAGCAUUUUAAAAAAGCAAAAAAUUUGAGAGAAAAGCUAUGCAACACAUUGUAGAAAGCUCCAUUGAAGUCAAUAGCUACAGUAUUCUAAAAGGUGCUUCUAAAUGAAGGUUUAAUUCUGCACUAUUUAAUCACUUGGACUAAUGGCUGCAAUUCACUUUCAUGCCUAGUACUGAAAGUUUGCCAAGUUGCAUGGGACAAUUUUGACCACAACACAGGAAAUAUAGAACUGUAUGUCCAAUUAUUGUAAUAGUUAUUCACAAUGUUUUCCCAUGUAUAGAGCCCUGCUGCUACUUAGUGGCUGAGGCAAGAGAUGUGGGGCAGGUCUUCUUAAAUCCCUUUUCUUUUUUCCCUCCCUUUGCCUCUGGUGGCAGGAAAUGUACAACACCAGUUUUCAGGCUGGGAGAGA